GCCAGCGUGGGUCCAGGAGGUGUGGGUACCACCUGUCAUCUUCCAAAGCCGGACUUCUUGGUGACAGCGUGAUUGUCUCUGAUCAGAUGUGCUGGGCUUUGGGCCACGCGGGUGUCUGUGUGUCUGUACACUCAGCAUGAGGCAGUCUGUAUGGGAGAGGAGCUGCAUACAGAGAGGUCUGUCCUUGUACUGUCACCCUGUGGAAACAGCCAAGUGUUCUGGCUGGAAUCCAGUGACUUCUAUCAGCAGUUCAGUGCCUACAGAUGGAAGGCAGUGCUGAGCCAGCUGCCCACCUUGCUCUGGGCACUGCCCUGCAGCUGGAGGAGCCCGGCCAGCACCAGAGCAGUGUUGGAGGGGUGUGGGGGGGUGAGCAGCUGCUACCUGCUGCUGUGGAUAAAGGACUUUAAACUCACUGAACUGUGUGCGUGGUUCAGCUGAAAUGUGGAACUCUCCCUAUUGGAGUGCUGACCUUUAAGUGUUAAAUCGCUCUGGUGACAGCCGUCACCAAAACCACCUUUCUGCGUGCUGUCGGUGCGGGGUGCGGGGCGCGGCCGGCGCUGCGAGGAGCGCUUCCUGGGCGGCCCCGGGAGCGGGCGGGGCGGCGGAGCGGGACGCAGCGGGAGCCCAUGGCCGGCUCGGAGCGGCUGCAGCGGUGGCUGAACGAAGCCACCGACCCGGGUGUCGCCGAGGAGAAUUGGGAAUGCAUCCAGCAGUUCUGCGCGCAGCUGAACGCGGACGCGGAGGGCCCACCGCUGGCAGCGCGGCUGCUGGCGCACAAGAUACAGUCGCCCCAGGAGGUGGAAGCUCUCCAUGCGCUGACAGUGCUGGAGACAUGUGUGAAUAACUGCGGUGAGAAAUUUCACAAUGAAAUAGCAAAGUUCCGGUUUCUGAAUGAGCUGAUUAAAGUGCUGUCCCCAAAGUACUAUGGAACGUGGUCUUCGGAAAAAGUCAAGUCCAGAGUGACAGAAAUAAUAUUCAGUUGGACAGUUUGGUUUCCUCAGGAAGUUAAAAUCCGGGAUGCUUAUCAGAUGUUGAAGAAACAAGGGAUUGUAAAAGAAGACCCCAAAUUGCCAGAAGACAAAAUCUUACCUCCCCCUUCUCCAAGACCUCAGAACUCCAUCUUUGACACCGAUGAAGAGAAAUCCAAGCUCCUAGCAAGACUGUUGAAGAGCAGCCAUGCUGAGGACCUGCAGGCUGCCAACCGGUUGAUCAAGAGCAUGAUCAAGGAGGAACAAGAAAAGUCAGCUAAGGUGUCCAGAAGAGUGAAUACAAUCAGUGAAGUUUCUGAAAACGUUAAACGAAUGGAUGAAUUGCUGGAAGGUUAUAAGAGACAGGAAUUACCCAAAUCUGACCAUGAAACGCUCCAGAGCCUAUUCCAGCGCUGUGAGAAGCUCAGACCGCUGCUGUUCCGCCUGGCCAGUGAGACAGUUGAUGAUGAUGAGGCUUUAGCUGAGCUGCUGCAGGCCAACGACAAGCUCACGCAGGUGCUGGGACGGUACAGGCAGACUGUAGGCAGUCACGAGGAUGGUGGGGGAGGCUGUUCAGCCAGCAGCUCCUCUGAUGCACCAGCACAUCGGACGCCCCCGAGGCGCGUGAAGAGCUAUACACUGAUCGACUUCUCUGAGCUGGAGGCCAUGGCCCAGGCUCCUGCAGACCAGUUUUCAGACAUCCCCUCUGCCUCGCGACACAGCAGCACCACCUCUGCUUGUCUGCUGGAGGAGGAGCUGAAAUCAUUAGAUCUCAGUGACUCUCUGGUUUUACAGAAGCCGCCGCCUGACCUUGGCUUAUCAGAGCAUGAACCAGAAGUGCCUCUUUUCCAGGCUGCUGUGCACAAUGGAUGUAGUAAAAAUGUAAGUGCUUUUGAACCACUGGAAUUGGAGGAAAGCUGGGGAGGCAGCUGCUCAGAGAAGAAUGAAUUUUGGAGCCUCGAUCAGCUCUCUCCACCUCCCAGGACCAAGAUGUUAUCCCCGGAUUUAUCACCAAUGAAAUUGCCCUUUCCAGAUCUUCCAAAUAGCUCAAUGGCAGAUCCUUCAUUCUCCAGCCUAGGCUACGAGCUGAAGCCUGCUGCCUCUUUGCAUCCAGCUUCCAAUGAUGCUUCUCUAGCAAACCUUUUUGUCCCUUUAAUUUCAAUUACACUGAGUAGUAUCUGUCCACUUACAGUGUAUGACAGAGAUGGCUUCAAAGCUAUGCUCCACUUCUCCAGAGACCCAGCUCCUGGCCGACCAGAUGUGCUGGUGAUGGUUCUCUCCAUGCUGAGCACCUCAGCUCAGCCAAUUAAGGACAUUGUGUUUCAGGCUGCAGUCCCAAAGACCAUGAAAAUAAAGUUGCAACCAGCAUCCGGUUCUGAGCUCCCAGCCUUCAGCCCGCUGCUUCCCCCAGCAGUGGUGUCUCAGGUCCUGCUGCUUGCCAAUCCACACAAAGAUCCCGUCCGUUUAAAGUACAAGCUGGCGUUCAGGCACGGCGAGCAGCCCGUCAGCGAAGUGGGAGAGGUGACCGGCUUCCCAUGAGCGGAGCUGUGGGGCGGCUGAACGCCCGGACGUCGCGGUUCGCCUCGGGGGAGGCGGGGCGCUCAGCACCGUGCCGCUGUCCGCACGCCGGCCCUGCCGUUGCGGAGCCCGCGCCGCGCAGCCUUGCCUCUGCUUCCGCACCGACGUUCCCUCCCGUGUUCGGGGCCGAUUUUCCUUCUUUCCGUGCGCGCUGGAGGAGCGGGCCUGGCUUUAAGGCCGAGCGCGCUGCGUGGCUGCAUAAAAACAAGCUGUUGGCGGA